GAGUCGCCCCGAGGUCAGCUUUACUGGGAUCAUUAUUAUUUUUAAUUUUUUUUCUGGAGGUGUGCACGCGAGCGCGCCGAUGUUUUUUCCACUGAUAAAGUAAACCGAAGCGGACGGUGGUGCAGGGACGCCGCGCGCACAUGGCCGAGCCGCGGAGGCCCGGUACCGGGUGGUGCUGGUGGUGGUCGCGUGCCCGGUGCCAGGAGAAUGGACCCGAACCGGAAACGGACCCGGAGCGCGAGCGGCUCUGGACUGAGAUCUUCGACCAGCUCGACACCAACAGAGACGGACGGAUCGACAUUAACGAGCUCGGGGCGGGGCUGGCGGCGCGGGGGCUGCUCUCGCGCACAUCGGUGGAGAAGCAGCUUGUGAGAGAAGGAGACACUAAUCAGGAUGGACAGCUGGACUUUGAGGAGUUCACACAUUACCUGCGCACACACGAGAAGCGUCUCCGCCUCAUGUUCAGCAGCCUGGAUCGCAAUAACGACGGUGAGAUCGAUGCUGGAGAGAUCCAGCUCUCGUUACACAGUGUGGGAGUGGAGGUUACGCUAGACGAGGCAAACAAGAUCCUGCAGAGUAUGGACAAGGACGGCACUAUGACCAUCGACUGGGUAGAGUGGCGUGACCAUUUCCUGUUUAACCCUCUGCACAGCGUGGAGGACAUCGCCCUCUACUGGAAACGCUCUGUGAUCCUGGAUAUCGGGGAGCUCCUGACAGUUCCUGACGAGUUCUCGGAGAAGGAGAGGAAGUCGGGGUUUGUGUGGAGGCAGCUGAUGGCAGGUGCCAUGGCGGGAACCGUCUCCAGGACGGGAACGGCUCCUCUCGACCGACUCAAAGUCUUCCUGCAGGUUCAUGGUCAGAGCUUGGAUAAGGGCAGUGUGUGGAAGGGGCUGAGGAUGAUGGUGAAGGAAGGUGGGCUCAGAGCUCUGUGGAGAGGAAACGGCAUCAAUGUGCUCAAAAUCGCCCCAGAAACAGCCAUCAAGUUCCUCGCUUAUGAACAGAUAAAGCAGCUGAUUCACGGCAGUAAAGACGGAGGAAGUCUGAAGGUUCAGGAGAGAUUCCUUGCUGGAUCAUUAGCAGGAGCCACAGCACAGACCAUCAUUUACCCCAUGGAGGUGCUGAAGACGCGUCUGACCCUGCGUAAGACCGGGCAGUACUCGGGCGUGCUGGACUGCGCUCGGCAGAUCCUGCAGAAGGAAGGAGUGCGGGCGUUUUAUAAAGGUUACAUACCUAACAUACUUGGCAUCAUCCCAUACGCCGGCAUUGACUUGGCCGUCUACGAGACCCUGAAGAACGUGUGGUUACAGAGACACAGCUCUGGCUCAGCUGACCCCGGUGUGUUUGUGCUUGUCGGAUGUGGUACGGUUUCCAGCACAUGUGGCCAGCUGGCAUCGUACCCGCUCGCCCUGAUCCGAACCCGCAUGCAGGCACAGGCGACGGUGAAAGGCGCCCCUCAGGUCUCUAUGCUCUCUCUGUUCCGCAGUAUCAUGGCUCAGGAGGGCGUGGUGGGACUGUACCGUGGCAUCGCGCCCAACUUCCUCAAGGUCAUUCCCGCCGUCAGCAUCUCCUACGUGGUGUACGAACACAUGAGGAAAGUACUGGGGGUGGGAAAGUGAGACAGAGAGAGAGAGAGAGAGAGAGAGAGAGAGAACAAUGCUCUGAUGGUUGUUGUAUAGAAGUCUCAAUGUCAGAGGAUAGACAGAAUAAGAAAUGAGAAAGAAGGAAGAAUGAGGGAAAAGCUUGUUAAUGUACUCCAUGAUGGAGAGACGAAUUGACCAAAGAGUGGAUUUGCUCCUAAAGCCAGAGAAGAUGAACACUCAAGUUUUACAUUCUGACUCAAAAUCAACAGGGCUACACUCCAGUCUUCUGUAAUAAAUAAAUAAAACGGUUAAUCAAUAAAAUUAGUUUAUAAUAUAUUUUAAAUAUGCAAAAAAAAAAACCUUGUGACAGCUGACAUCGAUGUUUUACAAACUGCAAGCAAGACUGUAACCUGUAAAACUUUGGUACGUUGUUAUUUCUCCAUUUUCUUGGUGUUUAUUUGUGCUGUUGAUCAACAGGGUCCUCACAUUCAGACUCACAGGCUGUCCUCUUCAGGAGGUGAAAUGAACGCUAAAGUGUAUGUUAUUGCUUAGAAGUAAGAGUGGGUGUGUGUGUUGUGCAAGAUAUGUAUACCGUAUAUUCCCCAGACUAUAAAACCUGUAGCAUCUGUUGUGACUCAUACAUGCUAUCUAGCAUCGUUUUUUGCAUUGGUUUAAGUGUGAUAUGGUAUUUAUGGUAAGUUAUUGGACGGUGAACAUCUUCAUAAGGUUUAGCAUGCUGAGGAUGGACUUACAGAGGGAUAUUUUCAGGCCUGACAGACGGCUUAUAGGAUUAUAGUCUGGAAAAUACGGUAUAAAUGAGCAUGUGCUACAUUUUUAAUACAAGUGUAGGUUGUAUACUAGUGAGCAUGGGUUAUAUUUUAUAACAUGUAAGAGACUGGAUCUAUUUUCUUAACCGUUGAGUGGAGGUGUGUGAAUGAAACAAUGAAAAAGUGUGUUUCAGAUCCCUUUUUACUUCACUUAUGCCUGUACUCACUGCUCAGAUAUGUGAAACUGGGACAAGUUUAAUCGUGUUAAAGACCAACAGAUACACUGUGUUUGGAUUUGAUUCCACUUCGCUUGAAGUCUCUUUGGGAAAAAAAAUAAAAAAAUUAUGGACCCAAAUUCAAUUUAAAUGUCCUUGGACUUUGCAGUUCCACCAGAUCACCACUAGGGGAGAGUGUUUUUUUUGCCAUGUACAAAUCCUAAUAGUGCAGUAAAGAGUCUCCACCUAGUGGUGAUCUGGUGGAACUGCAUAGGGUCAAAGCUAAUUUACAACGAAUUUACGUCCAUAUUUUUAUUCAUAAAGACGAACACAGAGUAUCCAUGGGUUCUCAAUAAGUUUUAAUUAUCCCAAAUUUACAGUUUAUACCGAUUAAAUAGUCUUAAAUUCAAAUAAAUGUAGCUUUUCCACACGGUUGUGUGAAACUGAGGUUUAACUCCAUCUACCAGUUGUUGAGCUAGCAUACAGAGAGAUGUGUGGAAAUAUAAUUAAUUUAAUUUAACCAAAAGUUAAAAGUGUGUGACUUAUUUUGUAUAUUUGGUUCCUCACACCCGCAUUGUUACAAUCCUUGUGAAAAUCUUGAUAGAGAAUCUCCGCCUAGUGGCGAUCUGGUGGAACUGCAUCCAGUUUAUACUAAUUUAUAAUGAAUUAAGGUCUAUAUUUAUUUAUAAACGAUCACAGCGUGUCCGUGGGUCCUUAAUAGUUUUAGUUGUGGUUUUAAAAAAUCCAAAUUUUACAUUUUACACGGAUUCAUUUGUCAUAAAUUUAAAUUAUUAUGGAUUUUUGGCAGGUGUUAAACCGAGGCUAAUGCUAGCUGCCGGUUUGUUGAGCUAGCAAACACAGAGGUGUGUCGAUUUGGGGAAUAUUUUAUGAAUUUAGUGAAUUUUAUGAAUUUAAAGUGAAAUGUGUGUCUUAUUUGGUAUAUUUGGUUCAUCAUAACGGCAAAUUAGGUCUUAAAUUAUGCUUUUAUAGUCUUUUUUGGGCAGUUUGAGGGUCUGUUAUUUGCCACAGUUGGGAUUUAAACUAGCAAUUUCAAGCCAAGAUGUUUGAUUUAAACUCACAGCCCAGAUGUUUUAAUGAAUCAAGAUGUUUUAAGCUCUCAAGAUCUAAACCAAAGAAGUCCAAACAAAUGAUUAGGGACACAGCCCAGGUCUUACUAGACCAUCUGAUUACCAUCACGAGCUCUGUCCCAAAAGACGCCCUAAAUCCUGCGCUCCUCCUCCUCCUCCAAUAAAAGGUGUAGGUCUUGUAGUGCGCUAGUCCUCAAGUCUGCACAAGAGUUAAAAAUUAUAAGCAGAUCAGCGACACUUACUGAAGUUCAGAGUCAUUUCUCCAAAACAUGAACACCUACUUAGAACCUUUGGAGUCGCUCCAUAUUGAAUGAUGAAAGCUAGAACCAUCUGACCCUUUUAAGGAACCUUUUUUUUUUUUAAAGAGUGUAAGUUUGAAACCCAUGUUGUUGGGGUUCUUUUGGCUGCUCUCAUCAGGGUCUCCACAGCAGAUCACCUUCCGUCUUAUGCGUAUUGAUUUGGCACAGCUUUUACACCACGUGCCCUUCCUGACGCAACCCUAUCCAUUUAUCCGGGCUCUGAGAGUGCACUAGGCUGUGUACCCCCAGCAGCUCGCGUUGGCGUCCAGCGUGGAGCUCAAACCCACAAUCCUGAGAUCACGAGUCCCAUGCGCUACUGACUGAGCUAGCUGGGCGCUGUGGAGUUUAAACUCACGUAGAACCAAAGAUCGCAAUAUCUCUGAUCAGACAUCAUAAAUGAUGAUGUAACAUGAUUAUAUAAUGUAAUUUCAUCAAACAGCGUACCUACACUUUUAGAAAAAAAAAAAAAGGUUUCUCCUGGGUUCUUUGGAUAGUGAAGGGUUCUUAGCUUUCUAAAAAAAAAAGAAAAAGUCUACCUUGAAUCCUCUCUGAAUGGAAAAUUCACAGUUGUAGGGUUCUCCAGAGAGCUUUUAAAGGUUUGCACAGAGGACUGAACCAAAGAACCCUUUAGAGUUCCAGGUUUAAACUUUACUGCAGGUACUAUACAGACUAAAAUUAGAUUAUUAUUAUUAUUAUUAUUAUUAUUAUUAUUAUUAUUAUUGUUAUUGUUAUUAAGUCUAAUCAGCAUUUUUGUUCCAUGGGUUGCGCACUUUUUAAAUGGUUCUUUUGAGCCAUUAAUGGUUCUAGCUUCAGAAAGAGGUUCUACAUGGUACUCUUGCUGAAAAGGAAACCAAAAGAAAAGGGUUCUUCAAGGGUUCUUAAUAAGAAUAAUAAUAAUAAUCACGAGUUCUGCUGGAAACCCUCAAUGAUAAGGAAACACUUUGUUGCAGGGAUUGUUUUUGACCUUCUGAUGAGUGAUGGAAGAAUGUUUAAUAGGAAAUUACAUCUCUUAGAUAAUGUAGAGCCCCAAAGCGUUCUUCAGUUGGGACUCUGAGGGAAUCUUUAAAGGUUCUGUGUGGAACCCGGUGACGGAGUACUUCUCUAUCAGAAACCAUGUUCAAGUAGAACCCUUUAUUAUCCAAUGAACCCUUAAAGAACCAUUUAAGAACAGUUUUUAAGAGUGUACAGCCAUCCACAUUGUGUGUGUGUGUGUGUGUGUGUGUGUGAUCAAACAGCACAAUUUUACUGAGGAAAUGAAAAAAAGCGUCAGUGUUACAGGACCUGAGGUGCUUAAGGUAUCUGAGGUGAUGCUUUUUUUUAUAAUGAUUAUUAAAUAUUACUGACGCAUUAUUCGUAGGAAGGGUUUUAAAUUAAGAAUACACUGGUUAUUAAAGAUUUCGGAUAUUAUUUGAAGUAUUUCUGUUUGCUCUGCCUGUAUGUAUCGGCUGAAUCCUGAUUAAACUUUGUAUUUUUAUGUACUUUAUAUAAAGUUUGGAAUGUAAGUGAUAUUUUCCAGAAUGUUUUGUAGUUGAACGCAUGCUUGAGACUUUAUGUAAAUUAUUAAAAUUAUAUUAUAAGAA